AUGGGCAACGAGAUCUCUGCUAUCACGCAGGUGUUGGCGGCGGCCUAUUCCUCCAACGUCAUGCCCGCUCUUCUCGCCAUCGCUGACACAUCAACAAUGUCCACCGACGCGUCGCUCUUGUUCAACGCGGUGCAAAUCAAUGACGUCGCGCUCGUGACGCGCCUGCUAAACGAGGGCGACAGUCCCAACACGUCCAACGAGAACGGGUGCACACUUCUCAUGGCGGGUGCGGCGGCCGGCCACAAGGCCAUCGUCGACGUGCUUUUGGCGCGUGGCGCCACCAUGGAUCUUGUUGACAAGCACGGGUGCAACGCGAUGACCUACGCGGUGGCGCACCGCCGCGAGGACAUUAUCUCGUACUUGCACCAACACGGCGCGUCACUAGACGUGGUCCAAGCGUUAACGGGACUCAGUCUUGUGCACGCGGCGGUGGCCGAUGCGAUGACGACCUUCAACGUGCACUUUCUUACGUAUUUGUUGGCGCGGGGGGCGUCGCCCAACUCGCGGCUCUUAACGUCGCUGCCUGACAAGCUUCAGCAGCUUCCAUUGGCCAAUUUUGUCGCGCGCGACGUUCUAUUCGCUCAGGCUUCGCCGCUGACGACUGCGCUGGCAUCGGGGAACCCAGUGCUCAUGGAUCUGCUCUUGGCCUACGACGCAGACCCGCGCUUGGAGACGCCGACGAUUCAAAAGCAGCUUGUGGAGAAUGCGAACCUCCGCAUGAAGCUCGCGUGGGCGUCAAUGAUCAUGAUGCGUCCGGGCGAGUCCCACGACCGCGCGACAAAGCAAAGCCCGCUCGAAGCCGCUGUCUUUUCCAACUCGCUCGGGCUCGUCAAGCUCUACACGACGCUCCAUGAGGGCAUGCAAGACUUUCCGGAUGAGUGCCCACCCCUUUUGCUCGCCGUACUCUUCAAUCAAGUCGAGAUGGCCAAGUACUUUGUGCCAACUUCGGGCAUUAACGCGAUCACUGCGGACGGCGAUUACGCUUUCUACAAUGCGGCCUUGAAUGGCCUCUUGGAGAUGGUGCAGCUUCUCGUCGAGCACGGCGCCAACGUCGCACCGACCAACGUGGGCGAGGACCUUCCGAUUCUGGGCGCGUACGACCGAGGCCACGACGAUGUUGUUGUGUAUUUGGCUGCCAAGAUGGACAAUGUCAACAGCAUUCGAUCGAACGGAGAGCCCUUCUUGCUACGCGCUUGUACCGAAGGCCGCAUCUCGGUCGCCGACGCCCUUCUCCGCGCCGGUGCCGACUGCAACGCGACCGAAUCGAGGGGAAUCACACCGCUCAUUGGCGCCGCGUGCUUGGGGCGCACCGCGGUCGUUCAGCGCUUGCUGCAAGAAGCGUCGAUCAAUCUGGAUGCAAAUGACGAGACCGGGCGCACUGCCAUCUUUUGUGCGGUUCAUGCGCUCCAGACCAAUGAAAUCCCGAGGAUGCUCUUGGCGGCCGGCGCCAACGUGCGCGUCGCGACCAAUGCUGGCUCGACGGUGUUUGCGCAGGCCAUUUCAACUGGCCGCCGCGACCUUGCAGAGUUGCUCUUGCCGCAUUUUGAUAUCCAGCAGCGCGUCCCGUGUUAUGACAGGGCGCAGACGCUUCGCCAUGUCUCGUACCUCCAGCUCGCCGUCAACCACCGGCAAUCACACAUCGUGUCGUGGCUCCUCGAGCGCGGGGCUGAUGCCAACCAAGACAAUGACGGGCGUCUUCCGUUGCUGGACGCGGUGAUGCACAACGAUGCAAGCACGGUUGCGGUGCUGCUUCCUUUCAUCAAGGACUUGGAAGCCACGGACGCGCAUGGAGACACGGCGUUGCACUGUGCGGCCAUGAUCGGCAGCGUGGACAUUCUGCAGCUUCUUGUCGCCAGCGGUGCCAACGUCGCACACAUUGUCGAGACACCGGUACCGACGACAGCCAUAGCGAUGGCGAGUGCUGAGGGGCAUGCGGCAGCGGUGCGCUACCUGCUAGAGAUGGGCGCGCCGAUCGACGUCCCCAACGCAACGCAGAAGGGGUCGGUGGCACUGGCGUAUGCGGCGAUCCGCGGACACGGCGAUGUCCUUCGUGCGUUGCUGCCGUUUGUCGAUGGCAACGCGACGGUGGUCCACGCCCCUCUGUGCGAAACCGGCCCGGACUGGCGCCAGGCCUUUCUGCCCGCGUCAACCACGAUGCCCCUGCCUUCUGUUGUCAUAUACGAAGCCCUGGACCCUGUCGAGGGCCACGGCGACUACUUGGAUGCUCUCCGCGCACUUCUCGAGAGUCCGUCCGUCGACGUCAACAGUCGCUUUCCGGAGGCAUACGGGGCGACGGCCUUGAUCUAUGCGUGCAAACUCGGCAACCUCGACUUUGUACGCGCGAUAGUCGAGCACACGGACUGCGAUGUCAACGCGGCCGACAAUGUACGAUCCAUUCGAUUGGCAACGAGAGAUUGGAUUCGUGUAGGAUGGCAACACGCCGCUGCACGCGGCCUCUCAACAGGGGUUUCUCGACGUCGUCUCGUUCUUGCAGGCGCAGCAGCCACGGCUCCACGUCAUCGCUGAAAACAAAGAGGGAAUGACGGCAUUCCAAAUCGCCAUCGCGCAUGCCAAGCGUGACGUGGCGGCGCGACUGGGCCAAGAACCAGCGCUCGUCGUGCACGCCUUGACCAAUAAUAUGUCAAGUAAGUAGCCUAGCGGGUGCUCUCUGACACAGUCGAUGACGACGCUUUGAAUAAAGAUGGG